AUGGGUGAAAUAGAGCAGAUGAAGCAAGAAGCUGAGCAGCUGAAGAAGCAGAUUGAGGAUGCCCGAAAAGCUUGUGCGGACACUACGCUUACACAGCUUGUGUCCGGGCUGGAAGUGGUUGGGCGCAUUCAGAUGCGUACACGGAGGACCCUGCGUGGACACCUGGCUAAGAUCUAUGCUUGUCACUGGUCCACAGAUUCCAAGCUCAUGGUCAGUGCCUCACAAGACGGGAAACUCAUUGUCUGGGACACAUACACAACCAACAAGGUUCAUGCCAUCCCUCUACGCUCCUCCUGGGUCAUGACCUGUGCCUACGCCCCAUCAGGGAACUUUGUGGCCUGCGGAGGUCUCGACAACAUGUGCUCCAUCUACAACCUCAAGAGCCGCGAAGGGAAUGUGAAAGUGAGCCGGGAGCUCUCAGCCCAUACAGGUUAUCUCUCCUGCUGUCGAUUCCUAGAUGACAACAACAUUGUGACCAGCUCUGGGGACACCACAUGUAUGCUCUGGGACAUUGAAACCGGACAGCCGAAGACAACAUUCGUCGGCCACACUGGAGACUGCAUGAGCCUGGCCGUCUCCCCAGACUUCAACCUUUUCAUCUCUGGAGCCUGCGACGCCUCGGCCAAGCUGUGGGAUGUCCGGGAGGGCAGCUGCCGCCAGACUUUCACAGGGCACGAGUCGGAUAUCAACGCCAUCUCUUUCUUCCCCAAUGGCGAGGCCAUUUGCACUGGUUCCGAUGACGCCACCUGUCGCCUCUUUGACCUCCGGGCAGACCAGGAGCUCAUUGUCUACUCACACGAGACCAUCAUCUGCGGAAUUACCUCCAUUGCGUUCUCCCGCAGCGGGCGGCUCCUGCUGGCUGGAUACGAUGAUUUUAACUGCAAUAUCUGGGACUCCCUAAAAGCAGAACGUGUGGGAAUCCUGUCUGGACAUGACAACCGAGUGAGCUGUUUGGGCGUAACCGCAGAUGGCAUGGCUGUGUCUACCGGCUCCUGGGACAGCUUCCUGAAAAUCUGGAACUGA